AUGAAGGCCCUCUUAGCUGAACCCCACCAGAAGUUUGAAACAGUCAGAUUGGAAACUCACAAAGCUCAUGGGGAGUUUGCUAAUUAUAGAACAGAUGAUGAACUUUCUGAAAGCUCCCAAAUCUCUCAACUACUAGAAGAGCUGGAGACUUCAGGAACAAUGAUUAUCUGCCCUGUCGUUAUCAAGAUCCAUCUAUUCCUGCUGAUGCUGCCCGAGGCUUUCAGCAACACUUCGAAAUCCACUUGCCUUAGGCAACCAAAAGUUUCUCAUCAUUUCCAUAGCACUGAAGAGGAUAUUAUCAUUGGGGCGUUUGUAUCCAUUACAGUUCGUGAAAGCAUUCUACAAAGUUUUAGAGUACGGCCAGACCUCCAUACAAAGGCGUGGUUAAUGCCUAAAAACUACCAGCAUGUUCUUGCCUAUACUUUUGUUGUUAAUGAGAUAAGGAAGAGUAAUCUCUUACCCAAUACCACAUUGGGAUCAAGGAUCUUUGACAAUGCUUUUGAUCCACAAUUCACAUAUUGGAACACUCUGAAUCUACUCUUCAGAGAACAGCUGAAUCCUGCUAAUUACUACUGUGACCAAAAGCAGAACUUGAUGGCUACCGUUGGUGAACUUAGCUCCCAAAACUCCAUUCAGAUGGCCAACAUGUUAAGUAUCUUCAAGAUUCCACAGGUCAGUUAUGGUUCCUUUGGCCUUACACUGAACGAUAAAACUCAAUACCCAUAUUUCUUCUCAAUGGUUCCCAAUGAGGUUCAUCAGUAUGUCGGGAUUGUUCAUCUCCUUAAGUAUUUUGGAUGGAAUUGGAUUGGCCUAAUCACAUCAGAUGAUGAGGACGGGAAAACAUUCCUUCAAAACUUGAUGCCAAGAUUGUUCCAGAGAGACAUUUGCAUUGCUUUGAAAGAACAGAUUCCGAUACUGAAAAGUUACAUAAAAAUUAAGUCAGCUUUAGAAAUUUUGGCAAAGAUAGCUUUUAAUAUCUUAUCGAACAAAAGCAACACCAUCCUUGUUUAUGGGGAUCGUCAAUCUAUGGAAGGUUUACGAAUAAUUCUACAAAAUUAUGAAAUUUUUCAAGGGCUACCAAUAGAGAGAGUUUGGAUUAUAACAUCUCAAUGGGAUGUUACAUCUGUUUUCUCUGUGAAUAAAUUAACUUCAAAAUCUCUCAAUGGCUCUUUAUCCUUUGCGCUGCACACGAAUACGGUGUCAGGAUUUGAGGAUUUCAUUGAGACCAUAAAUCCAUAUCAAUCGGAGAUUUAUUUCAUCCAACUGUUCUGGUUCCAAGUGUUUCUCUGCUCUCUACCAUUAUAUAAUAUUUAUUACCCAAAUGCUAGAAACUGCACAAGGGAGGAGACGAUAAGGAACCUCCCAGGAAUGGUGUUUGAAAUGAGAAUGUCUGGUCAGAGUUAUGGCAUCUACAAUGCAGUCUAUGCUGUAGCACAUGCUCUACAUGCCAUGUACUCAUCGAGAACUUGGAAGAAAGCAAUCAUGGAAGGAGGACUUCUCAGUGUUCAGCCAUGGCAAAUGCAUUUGUUUCUGAGAAAUGUCCGUUUUAACAAUAGUGCUGGGGAAAAAAUCUGUUUUGAUGCAAACGGACACCUAGCAGCUGGCUAUGAUAUCACGAAUCUGGUCAUAUUUCCCAAUCAAACUUUCCAGAAAGUACGAGUUGGGAAGGUGGACCUCCAAGCUCCUGCAGGCCAAGAGUUCACCAUUAAUGGAAGUGCUAUUGUGUGGAAUCAGAAGUUCCAGCAGAGUGUCCCAAAGGCUACGUGUGUCCCGAACUGCCACUCAGGAUACAGCAGGGUUGUUCAGGAGAGGAAGCCAGUUUGUUGCUACGAUUGUGCUCAAUGCCCUCAAGGGAGCAUUUCAAACCAGACUGAUGCUGAAAAAUGUGAGAAAUGCCCUGAAGAUCAGUAUCCUAAUAAGAAACAGGAUGAGUGCAUUCCUAAAGGGAUCUCCUACUUAUCCUUUGAGGACCCGAUGGGAGCAGGCUUGGCUUCUGUUGCCAUUUUGGUUUUUGUGAUUGCAGUUGCUGUGAUGGGAAUCUUUGUGACACACUGGAACACACCUAUUGUGAAAGCCAACAAUUGCAGCAUCACAUGCAUCCUGCUCUCCUCUCUGAUGCUUGGCCUUCUGUCUUCCUUCCUCUUCAUCGGCCAGCCUGGGACUGUGACCUGUCUCCUCCGGCAAACACUCUUUGGCAUCAUCUUCUCCCUUUCAGUUUCUUGCGUCUUGGCCAAAACCAUCACUGUGGUUCUUGCCUUUAUGGCCACAAAGCCAUCAAGCAGGAUGAGGAAAUGGGUGGGGAAGAGAAUGGCUCUCUCAGUCAUCAUGUUUUGUUCUUUGAUUCAAACUGUCAACUGUGUUACUUGGCUGGCAACCUCACCCCCUUUUGUAGAGUUCGACACGCGCUCCCAGGUGAUGGCUAUCAUUCUACAAUGCAAUGAAGGAUCAGCAGCCAUGUUUUACAUGGUUUUGGGCUACAUGGGUCUUCUGGCCAUCAUCAGUUUCGCUGUGGCUUUCCUAGCAAGAAAGCUGCCUGAUUCUUUUAAUGAAGCCAAGCUGAUUACCUUCAGCAUGUUGGUCUUCUGCAGCGUUUGGGUUUCCUUUGUCCCAACAUAUCUCAGCACCAAGGGGAAAUACAUGGUGGCCGUGGAGAUCUUUUCCAUCUUGGCCUCUAGCACUGGCUUAUUGGCUUGUAUCUUCUUCCCAAAAUGCUAUAUUAUUUUAGUCCGGCCAGAACUAAACACCAGAGAGCAGCUAGUAAGGCAAAAAGGACAAAAGAGCAUCACACUUAACUCUUGA